AAUAUAGCUGAUAUAAUUAGAUCUGCGCCUUUAUUUCCUUCUAAAAAUAUCCAGAUUAUCCAAAAAUACCAUGGCUGAAGUAGACGAUUCCCCACUUAACGCCGUCAAUUCCUCCACAGAUAAACUUGACGGCGAUCCCACUGGAAAACUUAACGGCGUUACAUUUGAUGAUGAAGAAGAACACUCAUCCCAAUCUAAACCUAAUCCACAUGACGAUCAAAUCACACUCUACGCCGUGUUUAAUAACGUUACUAACCGCAUUUUCUUCCCACGUCACGAUGACCAACUCGAUUUGUCUACUGGUUUGCUUCAUCGCAUCAAAACGACGGCGUCUGAGAAUUGGCCGUUGCUUCCAGAAGCUUCUAGAAAUACGGUUCGCCAUGUUCUUUUGUGGACCCAGCGCGGCUCUGCUCUCCGCUCCCUUCUCGUUGUCUCGGUUGGAACAGUAACAUUUCUGGCCUUGGCAGGAUGUCUAGUCUUUAUGCUUUUCUUUUUGGUCGCAACCGUGAAUGCCAUUAUGAUCUCUUUCUUCAUGUCUUUAGCAGCAGUUGGUCUCUUCUUGGCUUUUUUCUUUGCCUGUGUAACAACUAUAUAUGUUGGAGCAUUAUUUAUAGCUGCUUUUGUUAUAUCCACUGCCACUAUAUCAACAAUCGUGGCAGUUCUGUUCGUUACGGGUUGGGCUGGAUUCCUGUAUAGCAUGUGGUUGUUGAUUAAAAAGGGUGUAGAUCUUGCUUCCCAUUCCCUGAGCAUUACUGGGUCAGCAGUAUCUGCUUUCUCUUCCCCUCGGAAUGCUAAAACCUACCCUGAGCUGGAUGAAGUUUCAGAUUGAUGUUCUAGUCCUAGGGGAAUAUUUGCACGUAAAAGAUACUAUCUGCUGUUACUAUCUGUAAAUGUAGCUUUUUACUCUUGCAAGUCUAUCUUCUCCCGUAGUUAUUUAGUGUUUUUAUCGCAACACAUCUCUAGUGCAUAGUUCGUUGUAUUAGAUGUGAUUAUUAUUUUUUUUGUCAGGUAAUCUGUUUAAUGUUAUCACACGGAAUAAGUAGUUGAAUA